UCCGCUGCUUGGACGAUUUUGAAGUACACACUGUUUCAAGCGACCAUCACACACGCCCAAAUACACUCGACACAACCACCGUUCUUGGCUAAAGCGUUGAGCAUUCACCAAGACGAAAUCGAACAUAUAAAUAUCACUGCAACGAAAGCAUCCUGAACAUCAAACUCUAUCAACCCCAGAGCAACCAUGCCUUUCUCACGAUUCACCCCACUACUUCGCCAGAGGCUCUUCACUACAUCGACAAGGUCUCGCCACGCUAUUGCUAUUGGCGAUGUUGCAACCGAGGAGCUAGCAGCAGCCUCCAGGGCUGUUCCCAAGCUUGGAAGGAUCGCCAAAUGGUAUCUCCCCUCAAUGGCCGUCGCGGCUGUAGGCAUGAUGUACAUUCCAGCCAGCGUGUACCUUCCCAGCGAACCAGCCAAGCCUCGAACUGUCACUCUUGAUGCUGCCAACCGUCAAAUUGGCUACAGCAUCACCACUGCACUGAACGAAGCCAACCGAGCCGUCCACGUGCCCACUGAGCUCACCCAGGAGCAAAAGAACCAGCAACUCAUGGAUCUCUAUGGCGAGCGAUCUAGCCUCGAGGAUAUGGAGCGGGCUAUCGCUGGCAUGUCGGCCCGCACUACGAGCCAGAAAGACAGAAAUGCAGCACUCGAGGCAGCGUACGGCGACAGGAGCAGCAUCAAGGACCUUGAGAGGGCCAUGCAAAUCUACGAGGUUCAGUGAUUGAUCACUACACCGAAGAAGAUGUAUGACGAAGGAAGAUCAACCACCAGCUUGAGGCUGACGAGGGCACCUCACACCGUUUCUUUGUAAGACACAGGGUACGACGAGGAGGGAAAGGAGGAUGUAUGCGCACAAGACGCUACAAGUCACACCACAGGGCACGAGGAGACCGUCACUGCAAAGUUUGAACGCUCAAUACCAACCCC